AAACGUUAUUUUGCAGAAAUUUGGAAUUAUUUUGAAAUUGUUAUAUUAAUUCUAUCAAUUUUGGGCAUUACAUUUAGUAUAUACAGGAAUAUAACUAUUCAUAAGAAUCUUUCACAACUACUAUCUAAUCCUAAAGAAUAUCCAGAUUUAGAAGAUUUAGCAUAUUGGGAAGCACACUUUACCAAUUCUGUAGCAAUUACUGUUUUCUUUAGUUGGAUUAAGUUUUUUAAAUUUAUUAGUUUUAACAAAACUAUGAGACAAUUAUCGCAUACCAUUUCGAGGUGUUGGAAAGAUGUAUGCAGCUUCGGUUUUAUGUUCUUCAUUGUGUUUUUUGCAUAUUCUCAAUUGGGUUAUAUGUUGUUUGGAUAUUCGCUUAAAGACUAUUGCAAUAUUGAAAAUUCAUUUUUUACAUUGUUAAGAAUCAUUUUGGGUGAAUACGACUUUUAUCAAUUACAAGAUGUGGAUAAUCUUUUGGGUCCUCUUUACUUUAUAACAUACGUUUUCUUUGUGUUUUUUGUAUUACUGAACAUGUUUCUGGCAAUUAUCAAUGAUACUUAUGCAAACGUAAAAGAAGAAAUGAAAUCUGAAAAUACAGAAUCUGGCAUAUUUUCAUAUUUAAAAUUGGUUAUUAAAUCUAAAUUCGAAUCAAUAAGAAAAAAGUUGAAAUCUGAUGAUAAUAAAAAGUUAGAAAAUCAACUUGACUUCGAUCAAACUUAUGUAGCUUUAAAGGCUCACGGAUUAACGGAUUUAGAAAUAUUAUAUUUAUUUGAAAAAUAUAUUAUUGGUAAACGAAAAUAUAUCGAAAUUGAAUUUUUAAAAAAAAUAAUAGAUGAAACUUUUCAACAUAAAAAUAUUAUUUCAACUAAUAUCGAGGAUACUCCAUUACAUACUGUUGAAUAUUCAGAUAACAUUUGAGAACUUCUUAAGUUAUGCCUGAAUUGAAAAUUAUUUAAAAUGUCGAGUGAUACUUUAAUGGGCACAUUUAUAUUGAAGUUCAAGAAUUCUAUUUAUCUUGUCGUUCAAACUAUCAAUUUAUAAAAUGUUUUUAAAAGUGAGUUGUACUAGAUAUAACGUUUCUAAGAGUUUUAUGUUUCACAUAUAUGUGAGAAGUCGCAAAGAUACAUCUCUCCAAACUGUCAUCAGAAAAAAUUAGAUCUGAGAAUUUUUAUUAUUUUUAAAACUGUUUAAAUUUUUCUAAAUAAAUUACAAGUUCAGUUUAAACUUGAUGCUGAAAUAAA